GGUGACCAAAGCUAAUUCGAAAAAACAGCCGAAGGUUAAUUUGCUAACAUCGAGAAUUUCUAAUUCGAUUAUAAGCAAUUAUGACUUCUAAACGAUGGGAGCAGUGUAGCAAAAGUGUUCGUUUGCAAGAUGAACCAAAUGUUUCACAACAAAGGUUGAAAACCGGUGAAGGUUUCACUACUAAGACAGCAAUAGGCAGAAGAGUUUAUAGUAGAAAUCUACAUCAAAAGACUUUGGACAUGGUCACACCUUCGCACCACAGCCAUGAAAGUGUGCCACCAUUGGAGAAUGAGAGCUUGAGUGUUUUCGUCGAACAACAAGAAGAUGAAGUCAUUGCAUCUGGUGCUGAAAGUGUUGAAAAGCAAAGUAAAGGCCCUACGUAUAUGAAAAAUAUUUGGGGUCGCCCUCUAAAUUUGCCUCCCAUUCAUGUUCGAUAG